AUGUGCGUUAAGUUUGACAGCCAUGAGAGCAACAACCGGAUGUUGGUGCUGAUCGACGAGGACACAGUUAUCCUGGAAGGAGGGGUACACUCUCACAUUUUUCGGCUAUCCUUGUAUCUUUUUCAGGUUUCUGAAGGUAUUCGGCCCACGUUGGCUGAACUCGAGCGUUUUCAUCAGACUCCAGAUAGCGCUCAGUUAGCUGCUGCCAUAAUUACACAUUGUUUCACCCCGGGCGAUGUGGUCGAGGUGUGCGAAGGAGACCUGAAAAAUCUACGCGGCAAGGUCGUAUCAAUUGAGGGCAAUACUCGAAUUGUUGUGCAACCGAAUCAUUCUGACCUCCACGAACCGAUCCCAUUUACACCAGUUGAGCUCCGGAAGUUCUUCAGUCAAGGUGACCACGUAAAGGUUCUCGCUGGACGCCAUGCUAACCAAACUGGUCUGGUAAUACGAUUUGAACCAAAUCUGGCCGUGGUGCUUUCGGACAACAGCAUGGACGAGCUAAAAGUGGCCCCGAAAGAUCUACGCCUCUGGCAGGAUCGGGCUACCAGUCUGGACUCAUCCGGUCACGUACAAAUGAUGGAUUUAGUCGAGGUCGAUCCACAAACAGUCGGCGUGGUAGUUAACGUAGAACGAGAACAAGUAUCCGUGCUCACGUGUUUUGGCAAAGUUGUGAAUCUCAAAUCGAACACUGCCUUGCGUCGGUUGAACACGCAACGCAGGCGUCCUCCACAGGCAAUGGAUCGCAAUGGCAAUUUAAUUCAGCUCAAACAAACAGUUAGACUUUUGGAGAAACCGCACUGUGGACUGAUUGGUGAGGUAAAACACCUCUAUCGCUCAUGGGCUUUUGUGUACUCCCGUACACAUUUGGAAAACGCCGGUCUAGUUGUGGCGAAAACACGUCAACUGGCUGUUUUAAACAGCAGUCAGGGUGCAGUCGAUCAACCGCGGGCAAACGACGUUCGAACGGUGACACCGAUUACCGGAUUCCGAAAUGCUGGUGGUGGAGAUAACUCAGGUGGUGGACGUGGUCGAGGGGAUCGAAUGGAACGAAUGCUGAUUGGAAAGACUGCUCAUUCAUCUGACCGGAUUAUGCUUCAUGCACUGAGUAUUAGUCGUACAGGCAGUUACCGUAUUGGUUUUUAUCUGCCAAUGUAUCACUAA